AUGCCAACGGACGAAAAACCGAUCGAAACAAAGCUUAGGGCAACAUUUGGCGCCAAGGUCACGCCAGACGAAUUUGAGAAAUUUGAAGCUGCAUGGACGGUAGCCAAGCGUGCAAAUACGAGUGAAACCAACAAGCCUGUUCGGUGGUCGUCUCCAGAAGGACGAGCGAACAUGUUAUUGGCCCAAUUGACGGACAGUGUUCUAGUUUGGGCAAUUCGUCAACCGAACGAAGUUCAAUCGAAUGAUACUGAGCUGCUAAAGGCACUACGCGAGAAAUAUGCCAAAAUAAAAUCUCAGGAAGCCUACCAGCAAGACUGGGCGAAUAUAUCUCAACACGCCAGAUGGAUGGUCAGUUCCAGUGGACUGGUCGAGGCACCCCGUUUGGGUUAUCAGGAGCACCAGCCUCUUUUCAGCGGCUGA